UGAAAUGGUGAAAUGCGUUGUCCUUGUAUGCAUAUAAGAAGCAAUAGAGGAGUUGACUGUAGUCCAAACAUUUUUGGUAGAAGUACGCCGACACUUGCGUGGCGCCGCUCACCUCCUCCAACGGCGAUUUCUUCCCUUUUCACCCCUAAAGGGAGUCCAUUGAGUUUAAUUUUGAUGGACCAGUAUGAAAAAGUUGAGAAGAUUGGGGAAGGAACAUAUGGUGUAGUGUACAAGGCUCGUGAUCGUGUGACUAAUGAAACUAUUGCACUGAAGAAAAUAAGGCUGGAGCAGGAAGAUGAAGGGGUACCAAGCACAGCUAUUAGAGAAAUCUCUCUCUUGAAAGAGAUGCAACAUGCUAAUAUUGUGAGGUUGCAGGAUGUGGUGCACAGUGAAAAGCGAUUGUACCUAGUGUUUGAAUAUCUUGACUUGGACUUGAAGAAGCACAUGGAUUCGUGUCCUGAAUUCUCUAAGGAUCCACGUCUGGUUAAAAUGUUUUUGUAUCAAAUACUCCGUGGUAUUGCUUAUUGUCACUCUCAUAGAGUUCUUCAUCGAGACUUGAAACCUCAGAACUUGCUGAUAGAUCGACGUACAAAUGCUUUAAAGCUGGCGGACUUUGGGUUGGCUAGAGCAUUUGGUAUUCCUGUCAGAACUUUCACUCAUGAGGUGGUGACAUUGUGGUACAGGGCACCUGAAAUACUGCUUGGAUCACGCCAUUACUCUACUCCUGUUGAUGUGUGGUCAGUUGGUUGCAUAUUUGCUGAGAUGGUGAAUCAGCGCCCUCUGUUUCCUGGUGACUCCGAGAUUGAUGAACUUUUCAAGAUUUUCAGAGUGAUGGGUACUCCAAAUGAGGAUACAUGGCCUGGAGUGACUUCUCUGCCUGAUUAUAAAUCUGCCUUCCCCAAAUGGCCUCCUAAGGACCUGGGAGUUAUUGUACCAAAUGUUGAUGGAGCAGGCUUUGACCUUCUUGGUAAAAUGCUCUGCUUGGAUCCCAGCAAGAGAAUCACCGCCAGGAAUGCCCUUGGGCAUGAGUACUUCAAGGAUAUUGGGUAUGUACCGUGAUUCUUUGCCCCUUCAUCCAGAAAGCUAUUUUAAAUUUGGUAUGUCAUCUACAAGGUUUUGUUCUGGAGAAUCUAUGUGAUCUUUAGGGCCUUUCUUGCACCCCCCCCCCCCCCCCCCCCACCCCCCUUAAAUUUUUCUUCUAAGGUGAUUCAAUUUAUAUUAGCAUGGUCUUGGCAAAGCCGUCAUGGAUAUUUCCUGUUCCAGCAUCUGUGGUCACAAUUCGUGUCCAAUUGUUGUAGCAUACUUUCCAAUGUAAUAUCCUUUUUGUCCUAUUUUGGAGUUUGUAUCCUUGUACAAUCAAUAACUACUUGUUUAGAUACACCAGUGGAUACUGUAAUGUUAAAUACAUUGGUUUUGGUGUGUCA